AUGUCCAACGAAAUAGAAAGUCAGUGCCAAAAGUCAGAGAACAAGUGCUAAGAGCAAAUUUAUUAGGAAGUUAAAGGAAUUUCUAAGAGCAGUUGCUGAAGAUAAGGGACUUGAGAUUGUAGAUAGAACCUAUGUAGAGCUAAAAGAAUCGUGGAAAAAUGUGGAAAGCAAACACGAUAUGUCUGUUGCACUCAUCGAAGAUAAGGACUGCGAGCAUGAAGAGACUUGGAUUGAGGAGCUGCAAAAGAGCUUUGGUGACGCAAUGGAAAAGGAGGUAAGCUAUGUCCACAGUAAAGCAGCAGCUGGUAAAAAGGCUAUGGAUGAAGAAAGACUUCAAGAGACAACUAAGAAAGACCAGGAAAAAAUGGAAAAGAUGGUUCAGCAGAUGACAAUAAAGAGGAAAACUAGUGAAAUUGUUUUUCAGCAGUUAGUAGAGGAUGUGAAACCAGUACUGGAAAUGGAUUGUAUUACGGCUGCUCUAAAAAAAGCUCAGGAAGGAUUAGAUGCAGCAGUGGCUGACUGCAAGGAAGCUAAUGAUAAAUACCUUGAACUGCUCGAUAAGGACAAAGCAGAUGCAGAAUUUAUUUGGAUGAAAAAUAUUCAAAAGGAGUAUAAUGCCAUAACAUCAAGAAUUGCAGUCGGUAUUGCGAAGGAACAGGAGAAACUAAAGAAGCUAGAAUCAACAAGUAAAAGUAAGGAAUUGUGUAAUCUCAGAUUGGAAAAACUGAAAAUGCCAACAUUUGACGGUGAUAUUAGACAAUAUCCAGCAACUUACGAAGCAAUACUUCAUAUGCUGGAACAGUCAACCUUACUGCGAGUGAGAAAUUAG